AUGCAAUUAAUUGAACAAGUACAAUCACCAUUAAAUUUUGAUCAAACAUUUGAUGUUAAUGUUCUGGAUGCUGUUAUCAAUACACUGUAUCGUGAACAAGGCGAUGCUAAACGGUAUUAUGUAUUAGAAAUAUUGGAAAAAACAAAAAAAACAAGAUGGAAAGCAUUACCGAAAGAACGAUGCAAAGAUAUUGAAAAAUGCAUAGUCAAAAUACGACCAACAUUUAUUAGCGAUAUUGUUGAAGCUAGUAAAACAAGUGAAUCGAUUAAAGAGGUGUUUGAUUUUUUAUCUGGGAAAAUGAGACAAGCAAAAGCAAAACAUCUGAAAGAUACAAUGUGUAACGAAUUUACAAAAAUAUUUCAACUCUGCGAAUAUGUUGUUGAUAAAUCACGUCAUCCACCGUUAUUGUUAUUAACAUUAGAAACAUUGUUACGCUUUCUUAGCUGGAUGCCAUUAGGGUACAUAUUUGAAACAAAGAUGAUUAAUACUCUGAUUGAAACAUUUUUUACUGUUCCUAUGUUUCAUAAUGUCACGCUGGGAUGUUUAACAGAAAUUGGAAAUUUUCAAGUAUCGCAGUAUGAAGAUAAAUUUAUUGAUUUUUUUCGACGUACAAUGCAACAAUUAAAAACGGUUUUACCUGUGACAAUCAAUUUAAAAGAAGCGUACUGUACAGCUAAAGAUGAUGAUCAAAAGUUUAUAGAAAAUUUGGCAUUAUUUCUAUCAUAUUUUUUAAAAGAAUGUGGAAUAUUAAUUGAGCGUGCGCAAGAUUUAAAGGAUACAUUAUUGUAA